UUAUUAAUCAACACUGUGCGGGUUGUUCCUGUUCUGCAUGAAAUAAUACGUUGCUGCGUUUUUGUUUGUGGUAGAUUUUAAUAAAGUUAUCAGGUUUUGAACGCGGAAAACAUGGCGGCCUCCUGGCUGAAGGUUGCAGUGAACUGUAUCUCCAGGUGUUCUGCUCACCAGUCCCUGUCAGUAAGAGCUGUGUCUUCAUCAUUACCCAUCAGUCAGAGCUUCUCUUCAUCCUUAUGGAAGUUGGGUCGACUGAACCAUGUUGCGAUCGCUGUACCAGACUUGGAGAAGGCGACGGCUUUGUACCGGGAUGUGCUCGGUGCCCAGGUGAGCGAUACCGUGCCUUUGCCUGAGCAUGGGGUUUACACAGUGUUCGUGGAGCUCGGCAACACCAAGCUGGAGCUCCUGCACCCUCUGGGAGAGAAGAGCCCCAUUUCAGGCUUCCUGCAGAAGAACAAAGCUGGAGGAAUGCAUCACAUCUGUAUUGAGGUGGACGAUAUCCAUUCAGCAAUAGCGGAUCUGAAGGCAAAAAAUAUCCGACUGCUUUCUCCUGAACCUCGGAUUGGAGCUCAUGGCAAACCUGUGAUGUUCCUCCAUCCUAAAGACUGUGACGGAGUUCUCGUGGAAAUAGAACAGGCGUGAUAAUCCACACGAGUGAUGAUUCGAUGUUACUGACUAUAGGUGGAAUCUGACAGGGGUUUGGGGUUUGGGGUCUGUAGUAUCUGAUGUACAUGUGAUUUUUCUUGUCUGUAAAUUAUCGGAUAAAUGAAGCCAUCAGUUCACUGGUCAACUCACAAACACUAACAAUCUACUGGUCGUUUAUAUCCAAAUAAUAAUAAACAGCUGAAGGUAAACGA